UCCAGCUUGUGGGGUAUCUAUGACCUUGCCCUCAUAAUAAAAUAAAUGCCAAGUGCCCUCGGAUCAAAAUGAAACAAACACAUGACGCAGAUUGACCUGCCAACAAAAUGAAACAAACACAUGACGCAGAUUGACCUGCCAACAAAAUGGGAAGAAGUCAACCUUGCCGAUAAACAUGACCCUUUUUCCAUGGAUUUGUUUGUCUAAAAAUAAGAAACAGGCAUCCGCAAUAAACCCCUCUUUCCAUUACAUUGAUUGUAACACAACACAAUACCAGACCUCUCAACAUAAGGAACAAGGAACACCAACUCGCCACAACCAAACCUGACACAGACGCAGCAAGAGUCUGUCUGACCCAGGAGGAUUACAAGCCUGAACACUGUACUUGGGACAACUCACAGUUUCCAUUGAACACAGUCAGUCAAUAUCACUCUAUUGUAAUAUGCACAUAUUGUAUGAUUAACACAUUUUCUGAUUAGUAAGAUACUCACCAUGUUUUGGGAUUCCUCGCUGUUACUCCCAAGAGUUCCAGCUAUUUGUUUUGUUGUUCAGUGCUAUCUAGGACAGCUCCCCCUCAGGAGUAUUCUGAGCUAUGAACGGGGGACAGGAAAAGUUGGCCCACUACCCUAUGGAUAUCAUGUGAAGCUCCCAGAAAUAUUCCAGACGGCUGGAUCGGAAGCCCUGUCUCGAAACAUCUACUUACAGAGGAGUGGGGGAGUUUAACCGGAGAGCGAAACAUUGACACUCUUUUUGCCUUUGGAAAAUUGUAAGAGCUUGUGAGAAAGAUCCAACAUGGCAGUUGCCAGCAUAUCUAUCCCUGGUUCCACGCCGGGCCACAACCUGGGGUUUGAUGACUACAGUCUCUACAACAACCUGUCAGAUGACGAGCUGAUUCUGCUGGCUAUCGAACGCAGCCUCAGUGAUGCCCACAAUGCCACUUCACCGGGUGAAGCCAGCAACACCCCAACAACUCUAGGCAGAAGAACAGUCCAGUAUAGGACAAAUCCAUCCCCAACCAGGCCAAACCCACCAAGGCAGGAACCAAGACAUUGGCCGCCUACUACCAACCCAACUGACGCGGAACAGGACACUAUUGUGCAAGCCAUCCUGAAUGGUGAUGUGACAACGGUUCAAGCUAUGGCUAAAAACAAUGCGAAUAACAUACUGUGGCCUGACAAGUAUGGAUGGAUCCCGCUGCACGAGGCUGCAUAUUAUGGCCAAGACCAGUGUGUCAGGGUUCUUCUUGGGGCUCUACCUAGUAUGAUUAACAAGUGUGACCUGAAAGGCCAGACUGCUCUCAUCUUGGCGGUGUACAGGGAAAAGGUGGCCUGUGUAGAGAUGCUUCUGGAGAAGGGGGCUGACCCAGACCUCGCCAACAAGGACAGAGAGACCCCACUCUACAAAGCUUGUGAAAGUGGUAAUGCUGAGAUUGUGGUCAUGCUUCUGAAUCACGGUGCUGUGGUGAACAAACACUGCAUUCAGGGCUGUACAGCUCUCCAGGAGGCUGUGAGCCGCAACAACGUGGAGAUCUGUGAGAUCUUGGUCCAGGCCGGGGCGAAGCUCAGCCCAACCAACAUGUAUGGUAUCGCGCCCCUCUUUACUGCAGCCCAGAGUGGACACGAGGAAACACUUCGAUUUCUCAUUAAACACGGUGCUGACAUCAACAGUGAGGCAAGUGAUGGGGCCACUGCUCUGUAUGAAGCGGCUAAGAAUGGCCAUGAGGACAUUGUGGAGCUUCUUCUUUCUCAGGAUGCUGAUGCCAACAAAGCGGGCAAUAAAGGACUUCUGCCACUACAUAUUGCUGCCCAACGAGGAGCUGAUGGUAUCGUGUCAUUGCUGAUCAAAGUCACCAGCAAGUACAGAGUGAAUCGCAGUGGAGUCAGUCCCCUCCACCUGGCCGCCGAGUGCAACAGGGACGCAGUUGUGGAGGUCCUGAUUGAGGCCGGCUACGACGUCAACGCCAUGCUGUCAGAUGACCGCUCCAUGAUGUAUGAGGACCAUCGUAGCACGACUCUCUACUUCGCUGUCGCCAACGGCAACGUGGAUGCAGCCACCAUGCUUCUAGAAGCCGGCGCCAUCCCAAACCUGGACACCUUCAACCCGCUACUGGUAGCAUUGAGGCAGGGUAGUACCGAAUUGGUCACUUUGCUGGUGGAGCACGGUGCCAAUGUCAACGCCUACGUACCCACUCACCCCACCUCGUUCCCGGCCACCCUCAUAUUUGGUAUGAAGUACCUGUCCAUGCUGAAGUAUCUGAUGGACAAUGGCUGCGACGCCCUCUCCUGUUUUAGUUGCACUUAUGGCAGUGGUCCACACCCACCACAUCAGGAGACCUCUGAGAGGGAUGACUUGCACUACAAUACCAAUACACUCAGAAACACUGGGGAACCUGUUCAGUUCUGUGAGGUAAUCUUUACUCGCUGGGCAGGACCCAUCAUAGAUGUACUCUUGAAUUACGUUGGCCAUGUGAAACUCUGCUCCAGACUUACUGAGCACCUAGAUAGCUUGGAGGACUGGGAAGUCAUCAAGGAGAAAGCAACGCAAUCACGUCCACUGAUGCAGCUGUGCAGGCUGAAGAUUCGCCAGCAGGUUGGAAUCCACAGACUGAGGUGCAUCAAAAAACUGCCCCUCCCACCACGACUAAUCAAGUACCUCAACCACGAAGAGCGCAACCAAGAAAAUGUUUUGUGAAUAAUAGUGUGUGACAUUAUAGUCAAAGUAAGAGAUGAUGAGGGACUACAGCACAAAAUCUCUUGACAUAAUCAGUGUUUUUGGUGUGAAUCCUUUUACUCAAAUUUGAGCAGUAAUAUAGAGCAGUGCUUACCAACAUGGGGUACUGCAAGUGGUCCUCAAUUUAUUUUAUUAUUAUUAUUAUUUUAUAUUUUUCUUCCAAACAUAAUACCAGUAUAGUAUAUGGUAUUAUAAGCAAGUGUACAUUACUUUUUACAAUGCAAAUUGUGUUUCCCCUUAAAUGACAGAUUUGGACACCGAUAAACACCUAAAUUGGAACAGAGUGGCUGUACAGUAACAUGCUAUACAUUACACUUAAUUACUUUACUUCUAAUGGUUUGUGACACCUGGGACCAUCAGUGACAAAAACCUCCAGGGGACCAUGACACAAUGUCCCAAGAACAUCCUAAAAACCUCCUUGGGGACGACAGGAGGCUGCUGAGAGGGGAACGGCUCAUAAUAAUGUCUGGAACGGAGCAAAUGGAAUGGAAUUAGACACCUGGAAAUCCAUUCUCUCCAAUUAAAGUGCCACCAACCUCCUGUGUUGGGGAUGUCCCCGGGACAAACCGGGAACUAGACAAAACCUCCAGGAGACCAUGACACAACAUCCUGACCACUUUAGGCGUCCGUUUCAUGAUGUUCCGGGGACAUCCCUUAUAUUUGCUAUCAUGGUUAUGCAUAUGCUUCCCAUAUUUCUUCUGUAAAAAAUAAAAUCAAUUUAGCGCUCUCCAUAUAGGCCAAUUCCCACCAGAGUAAGGCCUUUACAAACAUACAUCUGUAAUAAUAGUCCUUUCAUCUGUUACAUUAAUUGAUAAAAUGUACUCUAAAUUUGACUGCUAAGAUAUUUUAUGUUAUUAAAGAAUUCUGUGACCCCGCAAAUGGUAGUCCUUUUGAAGAUGAUUUGGUGGUCCCCAGAACAGAAAAGGUUGGGAACCGCUGAUAUACAGUACAAUACAGUACAGCUAGGGUUUACGAUUAAACUUUAAGAUCGGACUAAGGUAGACUUACCAAGUUGGUAGCACUUUAUUUUACGCUUGUAGACAUUACUAGGUGCUAGUAUUUACUAUUAUUUAAAUUCCUACGUGUUUGAAAGUACAUAGUAAAAUGGUAAUUAUACAUAAAUAACCAAUGAAUUAUUUAUAUGUUUCAGUUGUGAGAGCUGUUAAUUAACUAUACAAGUGAGUGCAGCCUCAGAAGCUAAAUUAUGAAACAAAUAUGUGAAUGAGCUUUUGUCAAGCUUUGGAAAUUUGCCUGUUUGCUUGUUUGAGUGUACAGUAAUUUUGGGGCAUUAUAGAACCCUGGCUAUAGUGAAGGCUUUUUUCAUUAGUUUAUCGUUAGUUGAGGUGUUAUAAUGUUCUUAUUGAGAAUGGUCUAUUCAAUUUCUCAAUGGAAGAUAAAUAAGAAAUAGAUACGUGAAUGGCUUUUUGUCAAGGUUUCGAAAGCUGCUUAUUUGAUUUUAUAGUGUUUUUGGGGCAUCGUUGGACCCUUUUAGGUUGCCUUAUAAGAACAUACGUUGUGUUUUUGUAAAUAUUUGAUUUGAACAGUUAUCGAAGUUGAGAGUUUGAACAUAAAUGUUUAAAGCAUUACCUGACAGUAAUUGUAUUACCAUCAUCACAGUAAAGAUUGAGAAUAUGAGAGGGAAACAGUAGAUGUAAUUUGAUAUUUGGUGUUGAUUCACUUAAAUAGAUUUCAUUGCAGUAUUUGUAGUAUUUUGUAUGAUCUCUGAGGUAAGGGUCUCCUUUUUCUAAUAAUUGGGUAUAUUUCUUUGGUGACAAGGUGACAAUUCAAUCUUGUGCUAUUUUUCCUGUGAAAAAAAUUCAAUAAACAUAUCCAUUUUC